CUCAGCUCCAAAAUGUCAAGUCAAUAGGUGUAGUGUGAGGUGAGUAAGAUACACGUCAGCUGUAAACAAGUUGUACUUCGCUGACCAAUAACAACCCUCCUAAGAAAGCUACCAGUGACAUCACUACUGCACCGCAGCCAAUCAGAUGUGUUGUUACAGACAGCUGGUGGUGGGACCACUGAGAUCAGGUUGUUGUUGUUGUGCUGCUGCUGUGCUCCGCUGUGCUCCGCUGUGCUCUGUUGUGCUCUUACAAUAUUGAGUGUGCGUGUGAUGCGUCACGUGAUGCAAGAUGUGUCAGCGGCACUGCUGCAUCAUGAUACAGCAGCUGCUGCUGUUGCUAGUACUGAGCUGUGCUGAUGCUGAGCACCCCAUACCAGGUGCACACCAGCUGUAUGCUCAAGCAUUACCCACACACCAGCUGUCUCAAGCCCAACACAUACAUACUGAGCCUCCCAGGUGGGCUGACGACCCUAGUAGCCACAGGUGGGCUGACGACCCUAGUAACCACAGGUGGGCUGACGACCCUAGCAGCCACAGAUGGGCUGAGGUCAGUGUCAGCCCCAGGUGGGCUGAAGGCAGCACCCACCUGGAGGAUGACAGUGAUAUCGUAGUGGAUGAUGUCUAUGAUGAUGACCUGGAGCUGGAGCCUGUGCACUCCAACACCGAGGAUUACCAGGAGAUCUACGGAGGAGCGGAGUACCAGGAGCUGCCACACUGUCAGCAGGACCCAGAGCUGGAGGAUGGACAUAAACCAUCAGUAGUGGUGAGCACACUUGAUGGUCGCAUUACCAGCAUGGAUCUUGCUACUGGAGUAGUGUUGUGGUCACGGCAGACUGGUGGUAACACCAAAUCUAUGCUCUCUUCUUCUAUGUCAAAGUUGGAGGUAACAUCACGAGGUGAAUGGGUUCGUCUGAUUCCUUCACUGGAUGGUGGAAUAUUCCGAUUUGAUGGCGAGGGUGUUGAAGCACUUCCUGUUACUGCUGAUACUUUACUUCAUUCCUCUUUCAAGUUUAAUGCUGACACAAUUUUCACAGGAGGAAAAGCAACGGAAGUAUGGGGGAUGGCAGCAAGCUCUGGGCGGGUGAUUUAUGUGUGUAACUCAUUGGGGUGUAAACGCCAGCGAACUGCAUCAAAGCCCAGCAAUAUACUUGUUGUACGACGGGUUACUCAGACUGUGCGUGCUGUGGAUCCCAAGUCAGGGGAUGAGAGGUGGAACUUUAGUGUGGGCGAGCAUGAAUUAAACCUAGCUGGUGGUGGAUGUGAGUCUGUCAGUACCAAGGAAACACCUACUGACUUCUUACCCACCCUUCACUUCGUUGUUCCAGAUGGCACUAUUAUGGGAAUGGAUGCCAAGGGCAGGCUCAUUUGGCAACAAAAGUUAACCUCUCCAGUGGUAAAUGCUUGGAAAAUGCUGGAUGGAGAGUUGGAAUCAGUAGAUUUAUUUAGUACAAGCAGUGUACCAGCACUCAAUCCAAAUACAGGCUAUCCUGAUGCUCAACACAAGUAUUGCUUUCAGAGUGAGAAUGAAGAGCAGGAGCAGCCAGCCCUGUAUGUUGGUGUGCACCAGAAGCAACUGUAUAUACAGCAGAGUGGAGGGAUGCAGUACAGGGUCAACUCUGCAGCCAGGGUCUUCACAGCUGCUGACUCUUCAACCCAAGACUUUUCCGAGGUCAAAUUUCCCCGCGUGAAGUGGCGUCCAUACUUGGCCAGUGCUCCUUCUCGUACACCAAUUGUUCAUUACACUGGUAAUAGAUACCCACUACUUCUGGACUACAAUGUCAAAGAUAAAUCUACUGCUGUUGCUGUUACUCAUCAACUAGACUAUCCAUUUGAUAAUGGGUACUAUUUGUAUGCUGAUGAAAAAAUUGGGCAGCUGAACCUAAGUCGCCCGUGGGAGCAACCAGAUACCACACCAGCACCUGAAGAAGACACUAUAAUGGACGAGGUAGCAGCUAAAAUUAUCCAUAUAUGUUUCCACAUUGGACAGGACAUCUCCACUGCCUCCAACCGUCUUCUCGCUGCUGCGUUUACCACCCAAGCUUCACAUCCAUAUAAGAGUGCUGGUACUACUAUACUUUCAUACAUUCCAUUCUUUGCUGGUUAUGGCUGCUAUUUACGAAUCCAUCCAGACACAUGGUUAAAAAUUGGUGUUACUGUUGCGUGUUAUGCAUUGCUGCACUACAUGUUACUGCAGUACAUCGUGGCACACAUGAAGCGCCACUGGACCCGGCAGGUACACGCCGUUAUCAACCAGAUGCUGCAACUCAACUUCCAGAAUUAUAUACAUGUAUUGCCACAUAUACAAAGAAUUGGCAUGAAAGCCACUCAAGUGGCACGUAGUAUUUCUGAAUUUUCAUCAGAUGAGAAGAGUGAGACAUCAAUAUCUGAAUACACUUCAAGGUAUAUGACUGACUUUGAACUAGUUCAGUGCCUUGGUCGAGGAGGUUUUGGUGUGGUGUUUCAAGUACGCAAUAAACUUGAUGAGAAUGAGUAUGCAGUAAAGAGAAUUACACUUCCUACCAAGAAGUCAUCAGCUGAGAGAGUGAAGCGUGAAGUGCGAGCACUAGCCAAGCUCGAUCAUGGCAACAUUGUCCGCUACUAUAAUAGCUGGUUGGAGUCACCUCCACCAGGAUGGCAAGAUGAGGUUGAUGCUCUUUGGAAAAAAGGUGAUGUCAUGUCUACAACUCUGCUCACCCCUGCUACUGAAGAGUCUCAUAAUAGAGUGACACCAGUAAGUUCAGCAAGAAAGAAGCCUGAAGAUUCACUUGCCUGGGCUGUAGACAGAUUUAUAGGGGCUCCACUCAGCAGUGUUGCAGGUGGCACUGAGGACCACAGCAGUGUUGCAGGUGGCACUGAGGACCACAGCAGUGAGAGUGGCUCAUACUCUGGCAACGUAAAUGAUGAUGAAUCUUGUGAUGCUGGGGCAUCAUAUGACUGUGUGACACAGGAUGAUUCCUUUGAUGUUGUUUUUGAAAACUCGCACAAUACCUCAAAAAAUUCCUUAAAUAUACAUAGUGGGUAUGGAGUGAAUGAAUCUGUUGAAGUUUUUGAAUCAUCAAACAGAAAACAAAAAGUGAAAGACAGGAGAAAGGAAAUAAUUGACAAAAUUAAUUUUUCAGUUAAUAACAAUCAUAGUGAAAAUAUUAACAGUGAAAUUCAAGAACAAGUUGAGAAUAGUGUUAGUGACUCAGUUGUCUUUCAAGACUCUGGUUGUGAAAGUAAGAAUAAUUUGUCCUUACUUAGCACCCAAAAUAAUACAGGCAGUUCUAGUCAGCAUUUUAGUAGUCACAGUAAAAGUGACGAUUGCUCUGUUAGACAACCAAAAGUCAUGAACAGGAAUCGUGUGCAGAGCUAUCCAGUGUGCAACACUAUUAGUGAGAGUGGAGUGAGACCUCGAACAUUGAGCUUAGAGAGGAGCUUGGAAAAAGUGCCUUCACAAAGUAAGGAGGAAAUUAAGUCACAAUGUCCCAGAUCAUUCCUGUAUAUUCAAAUGGAACUCUGUCAGAAAGAGAGUUUGAAAGACUGGUUGCUACAGAACCAGAAGCGUGAACAAGAAGCUUUAUUUAAGAUGUUUAACGAUAUUGUCUGUGCUGUAGAAUAUGUACAUGACAAUCAUCUCAUGCAUCGGGACCUCAAGCCUUCCAAUAUCUUCUUUUCACUGGAUGGUAGAGUGAAGAUCGGAGACUUUGGUCUGGUGACAAGUAUAACAGAGGAUGAACAUGAGUUGAGAACUCCCUCAGACUCUCUACCAUUGAUAUUUUCUUCAGGAAAGAAUCACACACAUCGUGUGGGGACCCAGUUGUACAUGAGCCCAGAGCAGAUUAAUGGUCAAGUUUAUGACUACAAGGUGGACAUAUACUCCCUGGGUCUGAUCUUCUUUGAGAUGUUGGUGCCAUUUUCUACGGGUAUGGAACGGCUUACUGUCAUGACGCGUAUUCGUGAUGGAGAGUUUCCCGAGUGUUUUGAGGACCAAUUUCCAGAUGAGAGUUCACUACUGAAGUUGAUGCUUUCAAAAGACCCUGCCUCACGACCCACUACAAGAGGUAUCCGUGCCAGAAACCCAUUACGUCCUCUCCAAGGCCAAGCCAUUAAUGAGAUACUUCCUGAGGACCACUUCCGUCUUCCUCGUCAGCGCUCGCAUGUUCGUUCCAGCUCGGGAUCUCUUUCAUUAUCUUCCACUUCAUCUGUUUAGAAUUUUAAGUUACUUUUACUGUUAUUCGCUGCUGAAUUCUUUUCCAACCUUGAGUUUUACUUACAAAACAUGAACAAAUGACAAAAUAUAGUAAAUCAAGGAGAGUUUUGACAGGUGUUGCAAGCAAAUAUAAUGAGUGGUAAGUUGUUGAAAUGUGAAUAUAAUGGGUUGUAAGUUGUUGAAAGAUGUCAGCAGUUUUUGUGAGGAAAGUGGGACACAUUAGGGUAUGCAGGUAAGAAGGGCAGUGGUGUCCAGUAAAGUUGGGUGGAAAAUGAAAAAGACAAUGCAAAGUCACUAUGGUUGUUAUUAUGUUUAUAGAGAGGGGCAGAAGAGCAGUGAAUGCAAGUGUGUUUGGGUGAGGUGUGGUUAAAAAAAUAUUCUUACUGUAAAUAGGUUGCAGUGUGUGCAGCCUAAUAACAUAGUUGAUAAGGCCUUGACCCACUGGGUGGCCUGGUCUGGGACCAGGCCACCCAGUGGGUCAUGACCAUGGCCUGGUCUGGGACCAGGCCAUGGGGAUGUUGAUCCCUAGAAACAUCAUUCAGCUACCCUCUUCAGGAUUUAGAACUAAAGUUGCUGAGGCUGGCACAGAAGUUGUUUGGAAGUGUGUGUAAAAUGAGGAAAUUGAAAAGUGAAUACAGAAGAGAGAAAGCUAAUGAGAAAAAGAUUUAUAGACAAUUGAAGAUAAUUAAUCAUGAUGGAAGUAAAGAAUUUAGAUGCAGUGAAUGUUGUAUCUGCCUGCUUCUGGGAAGACACAGAUAUUAUGAAUGAUGGCAAAAGUGUUUCUUUUUUGGGUCACCCUUCCUCGGUGGGAGACAGCCAGUGUGUUAAAAAGAAAAUGUCAGCAGAUGGUCCUAGGAAAGAUGAAGUUAAUCACUGACUAGAUUAGAGAAAACAAAGUUGCACAAGUGUUGAAUCUAGUUAUAAAAGAGGAUAAAUAUAAGCAAAUAGACGAGGAAGGAAAGAACUAUUGCAUUGAACUAUGAAGUUGAUGUAAAGAAAGAGACUACUACACUUGGAGGAUAGUGAACAGUGUGAGUAUGCGCCAGAACAAGUUGUGAUAGUUUGCAUUUGGCCAAAGAUUUGCAACAUUGAUGAGAAAAUUUAUCAUAAGUAUUAUUUCUGUGCAGGUUUUUAACCCUUUGACUGUCGCAACCCCAAAUCCUGAGGUGUCUCCUGGUGUCGCAGAAUAUUUGAAAAAAAAAAAUUAUUUUUUCUCAUGAAAUGAUAGAGAAUCUUUUCCCGAUGGUAAUGACACCAAAAGUACAAAAUUUGAUAGAAAACUUAUGGAAUUAUGCUCUUGCGAGGUUGGCAACCUCGGUGAUAUUUUUGAAUUGGCGAUUUUGCCCACUUUGAGCCCUAUUUUCGGCUAAUUCCAUUGUUCCAGUCGACCAAACUCAUAGCUAUUUCUUUAGAACUCCAUUUGUUCUAUCGAUUGAGUACAAGAAACUGCCGAUUUACCGAUUUCAACUUCCCAAUGAAGUGGUCAGAAAUUGGCAAUUUGACCAAUUUCAUGUAAAUUAAAAAAUAUGCCAAUUUCAAAAUAGGGUCCAAAAUGAACAAUGCAGACAUUCCUGGCUCUAAAAUAACAUUUUCUUUGUUUAUCAGUCAUGUCUCGAGGCCUCUCUGAUAUUACUUUUACUUUCUAUUUUGAAUUUUUAUUCAAACAAAAAAUAGAAGAUUUGCUGUUAUGCAGACUACUGCAAUAUUGUAAUAAUUGUAUAAAUAAUGUCAACCCACUCAUGACUGCAUAUUAGAAUGGCUAGUUGGGCAUUUAUUGGACAAUGACGACAUUUAUUACUCUUGAACAUCGGCAAAAAUCAAACAUACUUUGAGCUCCAUUUCAACGUCCUUUUCAUAGUAAAACCAAUCAAUAUCACCUCCAUUUCUAUAUGUUUUCCAUUCUAUCAAAUGAGACUACGAAAACGAGAAUAUAACCAUAAAAACUAUACAAAAAUACACCUCAAAGUCGGCGUUUUAAUCCAAAAACACGGUCGGAGUUUUUUUUCUCAUUACGCACUGCUUGAUGCAGGAUUUUUUUUUAUACUGCGCACACUGACCACACAGACUCAUUCUCUCACAUGUGGGCCUACCAGCUUUCUCCUGCUUGAAUUUUUGAGUAUAUAUACGUCAAACACAUUGGCUCAUAAGACUAUAUACAGUGGAGCCCCGCAUAACGAUUACCUCCGAAUGUGACCAAUUAUGUAAGUGUAUUUAUGUAAGUGCGUUUGUAUGUGUAUGUUUGGGGGUCUGAAAUGGACUAAUCUACUUCACAAUAUUUCUUAUGGGAACAAAUUCGGUCAGUACUGGCACCUGAACAUACUUCUGGAGUGAAAAAAUAUCGUUAACCGGGGGUCCACUGUAUAUACAGCCGAAACAGUCAAAGGGUUAAUAGACAAUAGAGUCAGGUUAACUGUUUAAACAUACCUAGUAAUAAUUAAGGUUUCCUUGUUAUUGAUCUCAUUUUGGUCUUUUGUUAUAAUACAUAUGUAUCUUCAGCAUAUUCAGGUAGGCCUUUUUACAUAAAAUUGUCAAGAAAAUUUAAGUUUCAGCUUUUAUAUCAUACAUUUCUAUGAAAGUCACAUUCAGUGUGUUUUACUAAGCACUGUACUGAGUUACAACUUGCUUUACCUAGUGCUACACAAAGUGAUAUUUUACUCUGAAGAUACUGUAUAAUAUUCCCUUGACAUUAAUGUUGUAAUAUUGUAUCAGUUCUUGUGGGUUUUGUAAGUAUAAGGAUUUUUCUAAUGGAGAACCAAGGUAAUAAAUUUAUUAAGUGGGCCUUCUAAGGAACAUUUGUUAUCUUCAUAUCAAGCAGAUUGUUUUUCUUAGUGACUUUUUUAGCUAAUUUGCAUAACUAGCUGCUACUCUAAAUAGACUAAUAACUAGCUCCGUGUUAGCAAGAGUUUGUGCAACUAAGAUCAUGCUAUGUAAAAUAUAACUGCUUAAAGUUGUAUGAGCAAGUUUUCCCUAAUUUCUUGGGUCUUGUUAAGCAGAUAGUGAUAUUGUAUAUAAUUGAUAUCCAAGUAUACUUAUUGCAGUUUAUUUUUUUAUGAACUUCAAACUUGUUUUUUACAAAGUUUUUUAAAUUGUUUAUGGAAUGCUGUAGUUAAUUUGUAUUAUCAGUUUGUGGGAGAUAUAUUAUUUAUCACAGUAUACCACAGUGUACAGUUAGAAAGUUGUAACCUACUAGAUGACAAGUGUUAACUCUUCUGGCUAUUGGAGUACUGGAACACCACUUGGUGCUUCACUACUGGAGGAACACCACUUGUUGAUUCAAUGCCAGAGGAACACCACUUGGUGAUUCACUGCUGGAGCACUGGAAUACCAUUUGGUGAUUCACUGCUGGAGGAACGCCGCUUGGUGAUUCACUACUGGAGCACUGAAAUACCAUUUGGUACUUCACUGCUGGAGCACUGAAGCACCAUUUGGUACUUCACUGCUGGAGCACUGAAGCAUCAUUUGGUACUUCACUGCUGGAGCAUCAGAGCACCACUUGGUAUUUCACUGCUGGAGCACUGGAACACUACUUGGUGCUUCACUGCAACACCACUUGGUGAUUCACUGCCAGAGCAACGGAACACCACUUAGUACUUCACCAAUUUUCUUUUACUUGCUGACAUUGAUAUGCUUACUAUGGUAACCGUCAGUCUCUGCACACUUGUUGCUCAGUUGAAGGUAGUGGGAACUUUCAUUUACAUAAUGGCCACACCAGCCGUGAAGUCUUGGCAAGGUUCCACAUGCUCCCACUCAGGGAGGGAAAGCUUCAAAAAUGACUACAGCUUCAAAGAUAUAGAUAAAUGUUAAAUGUAUAUUUAGCAUUUACAUUACAUUAACAAAUUCAGACUUCAUUAUGGAAAUAUAUAGUGAUCUUAUAUGCAGGUAAAACGUUCUAUUUAGAAUCAUCUUUGUAUAUCUUGUCAUGACUUUUUUUCCUUCUUGUGAACUCUUGAGAGAUGGGAGCUACACACAGUCUUCUCUAGAUAUUUCAGUAUUUUCCAGAUAUUUCAUGUUUUGAAGGCUUGGUAGCAACAUUAUAAACAUGUGUAAAAAGUUAACACACAUGAUUGACUAUUAUGAGUUGCUGCUUGGUCACUCAAAAAAUAGUAUGUGAACAGAAUGAAGUUUUUCUCAGUAGGCAUAUGUAAGAGGGACAAAUUGCAUAAGCCACCACAUGGCACUGUACUCUUGUGUGGUAGUCUGGAGAGUGUAGAAGCAAGUAGCCUUCCCUCAUGGGAAAUAUAAGGUGUUAACCCUAUAAGGGUUAACACCCUAUAUUAGCCAUGCUAAUGAGUGAUUGCUCAUUAAUUGUACCCCAUUCAGUUUUCAUUGAUGAAUCUAUACUGUUUAACAUUCUUGAGGUUGUUAUUGGUGACCGCUGUUUUGUUUGCCAGUUCAUUACCAUUCUUCAAGUUGUCAUUUUUGUUAAUUAUAUUGUAAGGUGGACAAGA